AUGCCAGAGAACACUGAAAGCACCACUACUGCAACGACGACGACUCCCACUGACGGGGGCAGAAUACUGAGAAAUUCAUUAGGCAAGUCGAUAAAGUACCUUAUCAGGAGAAAGUCUAGCAAAAAGAAGACAGAGGGUGGUAAUAAGACCAUACUACCCGAUGAAGUCGAAGAGAGUAAACCCAUAUUAAUUGAGGAGGUUUUCGACUCACCAGAAGAAGAGAAGAAAGCAUUGAGAAAGAAAGAGUUAAAGAGGUGUUCUACGCUUCGCCGAUCAUUUGAAAUCUGUAAAGACUCAUUGAAAAGCAACUCCAUUUUCUCAAACAACCAUGGCGAUGCCAAUAGCCAAAGUACCAAACCCGAGGAGCAUGAUUCGGGAAGUGAAAAGACUAAAAGUGUUGAAGUACCCAUGAAAGACUCCUCGGCAACACCAAAAAGAACCAAGGACACAACGAAGGAUUCACUUCAAAUGAAGAGGAAGCCAACAAAGCGAGCAAGAUUCCUCGCAACUCUCCAUCUUGGGCCAAAGCCUUCGGAGGAAGAUGAUACAAAAAGAGCCCUGUCACCUUCAGGAAGCUGUGAAGAGAACGUUGCCAAAGAAGGAACCUCCAAGACUUGCAACACCAGCACCACGAAGACUCCCAAGACACCAUCAUUCGAUAAUUUGAAAGAGCUCUCUCAUGCGCUCAAAAAGCUCCGUUCUCAAAAUGAUAAGAACAUUCUUUACGAGAAUGGAGAAGCUGUUCUCUACCACUUGGACAAUCUGCUUGAGGAAGAGGUCGUACAUCUAAUUGACUCGUCCAAGACUUGCCCCGAUCUGAAUGGCAAAGUGGAAGAGAUUCUCGAUCAAUUCAGCAUUUUGUUUGGAUACCUAUCCACUGAGGUUAACGCACCCUUAAGACGGAGAAUCGCUGAGAUAGGUAAUGAGAUGCGUCGGUUUGCCGACCUCUUGGAGAAGACCUCAGCAAAAGUGAAUAAGAGUCAUCUGCAAGAAUCCAGAAAAGCUGCAUGCGAUAAGGCAAUAUCUGCUUUCAAACAAGUUUCCAUUAUGUGGGCUGAUGAUGCCACUGAUAUUACAGAAUCCUUCGCUAAAUGUCAGAUUUUAUAUCAGCGGACGACAAGAGCUUACACUGCCUUCUACAACUGGCACUGCUCCUUGUACAUAAAACCUCAUGAGGCCGAGUUGUUCCACACCUAUUACGGAAUUACACAUUACCGCAAGUCGUGCCAAAUUUUAUUAAAGAGGGACUUCUACACCUUGAUUCAAAACAGUCUUGAAGACCUUCGCCAAGGUCUCGACUUUUUGUUAAGACAGGAGGCACAGAGUGAAAGCAAGUAA